GUUUGAGCCUCCUCACGUGGUUGACGGUUGGACUGAGUCGGCUCGCGCGGUUCACUGCUUGACUGCAGUGUCCGGUACCUGAACGGAGAACUGCGGUCAAAAAAAAAAGUCGAGAGCCUCGCCAUGUCUGGAGUCAAUCGGAAAGAAAAGAAAUAUGCCAAGUUGAUGAGAAACCAGCCCAGCAAUAUCACCUUUUCCUCAUCUGAUCCAGGGGCUGGCAGAUCUGGAAUGGGACCAUUCGAAUCACAGACCGAUAAUCCACAUUAUGGCUGCUUUACACGUCAUCAAGGUGUUAAUGGCGAUCAUGUGCAACAGCAGCAGGUGGGAUCUAGUCAUCAGCCAUCCUGUUAUGGUGACCGCCAGAGGGGCUCACAUAGAGGAGGUUUCCGAGGGCACCGAGGAAGCUCGAGAGGAAGUUAUCGUAGUUAUUCUCAAGACAUUCCCAAAGUGAUAACUGCAACAAAUUUUGCUCAAGCCCGUGCUGCUGAAAUCAAUGCCAUGUUGAAGGCAGUCACGCACAAGUCUGGUUCUCAGUUUCUGCAGUCACUACCACCAUCAAUGCGCAGAAGAGCUAUGAGUCACAAUAUUAAACGUCUCCCAAGAAGGCUUCGAGAAAUUGCAAAGAAGGAGGUGGAAAAAAUUGCCCAGCUGAAGAAAGAGCAAUCGAAGAGCAAGUCUCGUAAAGCCCGUAGACGACAUGGAAACUUGUUAAUGGAAUUUAAUCGAAGGCAGCGAAAAAAUAUUUGGCUGGAGACUCACAUAUGGCAUGCAAAAAGAUUUCAUAUGGUCAAAAAGUGGGGAUAUUGUUUGGGCACUAAACCAACCACUAAAAGUUACAGAGCAUGUUAUCGUGCUAUGACGAAGCAGUGUCUUCUGCAGGAUAUGUCUUACUAUUGCUGCUUGGAGCUGAAUGGUACGGAGGAUAAUCUCCUGAAGUCUCUUGCACGUUUGAGUAGUAGAGAUGCAGGUAUAACAUUUGCUUCUGUGGCCUGUCUGUCUGGGAAGUACCAAGGGUCAUUGGUUCUUUACAAGGCAGACCGAUAUCCUGAGAAGCCACUCGGCCCAGUUACAUUCCUAUGGAGGCCUAAAACACAAUCUGAAAACAGACGGCUUUGGAUUUGGGCACAUCCAACACUUAAAAUGGAUUUAUUAACUGAGCUUCAGUUGGUCUGUCAAUGUUUGGAUGCCCCUGUACCCGAACCAGCUCCUACUGAAUGUAAAACUAUAACACGCACAACAGUAAAACAAACCAACGUUGUUGGCUUGAAAAGAAAACUGCAGGAUAAAGCUGGAGAGGUGGUCAUACCCGAGAAAAAGAUUAUAGGCAAUGGCACCAGAGAUCCAUUGAAAACAGUGACUUGGACAUCAUUAACUACUGGCAUUGUAAUAGAAGAUCUGACCAUGGAAAUUCUGAGGUAUCGACUGAUUGGCCCUCUAUCCCACUCUGUGAUGUUUGAAGCUUUACAAGCUGCUGCUGUCCUGAAAAAUUCUGAAGGGAGCGAAGAAGCGGGAUUGCACUGCUGGUGGUCAGAGUAUUGCAAGAGACCUGAAAACGUGACCCUUCAUAAUCGUCAGGAAGGCGUCCUUCUAUUACUCCCUGGCAUUACUUCACCAGCAGAAAUUUCAGCAGGCACUAUACUUGGACUUACUGUGGGAGAUCCUCGUCUAAAUAUGCCUAAAAACAGAACCACAGCUAUGCAGGACCCAUCACAGUCUAAAGAUCUGGAAAAAAUCAGGGAGUUGUGUCUGAAUGGUGUUGGUGCAGAGUGUGCUCAAAGUCAGAUCUGGGACCGAAAUGUCCGCAAUAUUGUUACAGAAACUAAAAUCUCUGAACAGGAACUGAAUCAUAUGAGAAGCAAGCUGUUAGUCCCUGGGACUCGUCCGGAUCUAGGGCCACAAGAAUGCAAGAUUCCCAUCCUGUUAGUGCAGCAGCCUGGGAAGAUGGCUGGACAAGAGCACACUGGCUGGGGGAGUGGCUGGGAUAUUCUAAUCCCAAAAGGAUGGGGAAUGGCAUUCUGGAUCCCUUUGAUCUACAGAGGGGCUCGCGCAGGAGGUUUGCAAGAAGGAGCCAAGCACUCUCAGUACAAGGGGCUUCCACACUUCCCAGAUGAUUUUCCAGACUGUCCAGCGGGCAUCCAGCACAGUGAGGAGACCGAGAAGGAGCUAAUAGGCAUAUAUAAGAAGUACCCACCAGCCAAGAGGCCUAACUAUAUCCAUCAUGGCACCAAGACUCCAUUCCGUUGUCCUUGGCAAAGAUUAGUAGAAGAUUGGGAAACCCAGUACCAAGAUGGCGGUAUCAAACCUACUGUGUGCAACCAAGAACAAGAGCUAAGUCCUGAAGUGCAGGACUCAACCAAGGUAUACGUUGGGGUACAUGAAAAGGAAGCUUCUGAGGAAAUGUCAAGUGAAGAGAAACCGCCAGAGCUGGUGGAGGAAAUGGAGGAAGAUUCUGAAAGUGUGACCACUCUUGAGCCAAACACAGGAUGUGGAAAUAUCCAAAAUCCUGAUACUCGAGAGUGCUCCUCAGAAAGUGGCCAUGUUUCCAUUUUGAGGAGCAGGAAGUUGCUGAAGCAGAUAUCCACAUGGUGUCGGCCUACAUCCAGCAGGGGUCAGCAGACUCGACGAUACAGAGGGUCUGCACAGGUACAGAUGACAACAGACACUGUAAAGUCCAUCAUCUGUUCCUAUCCCCGGUUCCUUAUCUGGGUCAGGCUGUCAUUACUGAGAAAAGGCAGUCCUGUUGCUAAUGCAACCAUUUGUGUUCCUUCCAAAGAGGAUCUUCAGCUUUUGGUGUCGGAUCCUAAUUGUUCUGGCCCUCAAGAACCAAAGCACAGGGACCCAUUCAAACACCAGUGCAAAGCCUUGAAGACCAAGAAGAAAAGGGCUUUGUCCCAGGAUCUAGAAACUGCUGCCGGAGAUUUGGGAAUAAAACCAGUUUCAAGUUGUGGAGUGGAUUUAAUUCGAGGGCUAUGGCCUGACCAGCCACAAAAUGUGAUGUCCCAUUGCUCCAGACUAACAAUUGGCUAUGUCAGCAAAGGGGAUUUUUCACUGACUGUGGGCUGUGGAGAAGCACUGGGAUUUGUGAGUUUAUUGGGACUUUUGCAUAUGAUGUCCAGUCAGCCAGCAGAGAGACGUGGCCUUGCGCUUGUAAGGAGUCCAGCCUCAAUGCAGUAUCGAUUCGCCAAGAUAAAUGUUGAGAUAUAAAUUUCAGAGUUUGAUUUAAAACAAUAUUUGAAAUAAAGCCUGCAUGAUGCUAAUUGUUUACAUUGCCUUUCAAAAGGCCAGAGUUUUUUUUUAAUAACUGGUGCAAUCCUGUUACAAAAGCAAAAUACUGCAGAUGUUGAAAAUCUGAAAUAAGAACAGGCAAUGCUGGAAAUGCUCAGCAGGUCUGGCAGCAACUGUGAAGAGGGAAACAAGAGUUAGUGUUUCCAGUUGGUAGUGUUUCUAUGAAACAGUGAAUUCUGUUUCCCUCCCUGCAGGGAUGCUGCCUGACCUGAGUAUUUCCAGCUUUUUCUGUUUUCGUUUUGGUAAAAUCCAGUUUUGGAUUUGAAUUCUGGUGAUGUUGAAUUGAAGAAUCUAGUAUUUCAAAGAUGUCUAGAACUGACCAGUUUAUUUUUAUUUGCUCAUAUUUAUGCUGUACUUACAGGACAACGUUCCUGAAAAAGGGAAUUUCCAAUAGUCAUUGUCAAUAGAUGAAUUUCAGUGUAACUGCAGCAUAUAAUUGACGUUAACACAAAAAUUUUCAUAAUUAUAAUCAUUGUGGAGGAUUACUGAACAGGAAAUCAGCCCUUCAAUGUCAAACAGAAUUUGUCAUGAGCUUAAUUAAAAAAAAAUAAUCUGC